GGCAUUCAAACCGAAAGUAAACACAAUCGCUGUUGCAUUUCUUCAAACUUCUGUUCUUUCUCUCGAUCAAAUCAACCAGUGCUGUUUUCAAAACUUCAACGAUGUGAAUUCGCUACAAGGGAAUCUUUUGUUCCUGGCCGAAGUCAAGGAAAUGGCGUCAUAUACCACAGGUUACGAUGAUGAACGGUUUGAACAGAUUGUCAGCCAGACCUUGCACUGUAUCAUUUGCACCAAUGUCAUCAAAGACCCGGUCAUGUGUCGCCAUAAUGAACAUGUAUUUUGUCGUGGUUGUAUCAUCAGACAUCUCAUGAACUCUCAGACAUGCCCGACAUGUAUGGAACCACUCACUGUCGAUACUCUGAAAGUGCCUCGUAACAUUGCGAACUUAAUUUCUGAACUUAAGAUCCGUUGUGAGUUCUUUGAACGGGGUUGCGAAAGAUUCAUUUUGCUGGGAGAUCUUGAAAAGCAUGUUGCAGACUGUGGGUUUGCCCCAGUAUUCUGCUCGAAUGAAGGUUGUGGACGGAAAGUCAACAAGCAAGAUUUACUUCAUCAUGAAACAGCUCUGUGUGAACUACGCAGAGUUAAGUGUCAUAGUUGUAAUGACAUAAGACAAGAGAUGGAUACGGUUAAAUCAAAUUUAGCAGCAAUUGAGGUUAAGGUGGACAGUAUAAAUGAAAAGAUUGGCGACAAUGAUACAGAUUUGAAGAGUAUCGCUGCAAAAGUUGAACUGGUUCAAGAGCAACAGAAGGAAAGCAACCGUCAGUUAAAAGCAGACAAUGAAGAAAUGAAAAAACUUUUAAGUAAAAUGGAGAGGCAACUGGAAAGAAUCGUACAGCAGACAUCCUGUGAUGUUGAGCAAAGGAAAAAGGGAAUUGCAGAAGCUGAUGAAAUGAGCAGAGAGCCAAAGGUUGUUGUUGUCGGAGGCGCAAGUGAUAUGAUGAAGCUAUUAAAUUCCGUUGAAAUGUUUAGUUUUGCGACGAAAACAUGGACACCACUACAGCGUACGAAAGAAUGUCGCGACGGAGCAUCGUCUGUUGUUCAUGACAAUCAAAUAUUUGUCGUUGGAGGAGAUGAGGGGAAUUCCGGAAUGACGUCUAUUGAAAAGCUAUCGUUGAAGGCUGUUCACGUUGACCAAUCUAUAAAUUGGGAAAAGUUUCCUGCUGAGUUACGUGAGCCAAUACGUUACCAUCGCACCGUGAUCUAUAAUGGACGGUUGAUAACGAUUGGGGGUGACGGUAUCAAUAGUGAUAGAAUUUCUGAGAUUUCCCUUGUUUUACCUUACAACAGGAAAGUGUUGGCCACUAUGCUGGAAAGAAAACGUCUUCAUGGGGUAGCAUUGUUUGGCGAUAAGAUUAUUAUUGUUGGAGGAUUUGAUAGUGAACGUUCUGUUUUAGAAUAUGACAUCACCAAGAGUUCAAUCAGGAGAAUGAAUCCACUUCCUUACGAUGUCUUCAACAUGGCGAUGGUCAAAUGGGGUGAUAAUUUGAUUGUUUUGGGAGGUUAUGACAAGAAGGAAAAACAACUGAGUAAAGUUCUGAUGUACGACAUUCAGAGUGAGAAGAGCUUCAUGUUACCCGAGAUGCUCCACAAGCGGAACGGAUGUGUCGCUGCAGUUGUCGGAGACACUGUGGUUGUCAUGGGUGGCGAAGACGGACAUAGAAAAUACUUGAAGUCUGUAGAAGCUUUCAGAUUCGAUCGUUUUUCUUGGGAGGAACUUCCAGAAAUGCACGAAGCUAGACUGGGAGCUACUGCAGUGGUAUGCUGAUCAGCUAGUAUAUUGAGCUGUAUUGGAUCACUAUGCAUAUUGUUGAGGAAUCUUACUAUAAACUCAUUAAGCUGCAGAACAGAACAGUAAAUAUAUAUAUAUUCUCAAUUGUGUUAAAAACAAUUUGAAAUGCACGAAGCUAGACUGGGAGUAUGAUACGUCCACCCAACCUUACAUGUGACCCUCCAAGUCGACAACCCGAGGUAAUGGAUUUGGAAGAGAAGCCAGUUCGUGGCCAGAAAGUUGAUUAUCAUGUCGUUGAUAGGUCAAGUAAUGGCGGACAAUGAUGAAAACGUGUGGGGCGGGCAAACUAAAUAAAGAGGUUCCGACUUGAGUGGGUCAACUCAACUGUAUGUUCUUUAUAUAAUUAUAUUCGAAUGUCAUUAUAUCAAACAUCGUUUAUCAGAUAGUUGAAAUGGAAACAGUCUUAGCUCACUACAAAAUAAAUUGUUUCUUAUA